AAUUUAAUUGCCCUUUAUAUACAUACUACCUUAUGUUAACUUGAUUCAUAACAUAACCAUCCUACUCUUUCAUCAAAAUUAUUUCACAGUAAAAAAAAUAAUGUCGUUAAUACCGAGCUUCUCUAGCGGCCGGAGGUCAAACGUAUUCGACCCAUUCUCACUAGACAUAUGGGACCCGACCGAGGGUUUUCCAUUCAACACUUCGAUCACGAACUCUACCGCCUCGGGUAAGGCGGUAGGAGGGUUCGCUAACACUCGAAUUGACUGGAGGGAGACGCCGGAAGCACACGUGUUCAAGGCGGAUCUUCCGGGGCUAAAGAAGGAAGAGGUGAAGGUGGAGGUGGAAGACGGGAAGGUGCUACAGAUAAGUGGAGAGAGGAACAGGGAGAGUGAAGAGGAGACCGAUAAGUGGCACCGCCUUGAACGUAGCUCUGGACGUUUCAUCAGGAGGUUUAGGCUGCCGGAGAAUGUGAAGAUGGAUGAGAUUAAGGCUAAUAUGGAGCAUGGUGUGCUUACUGUUACUGUGCCUAAGAUGCAGGAGAAACAGCCUGAGUUCAAGUCUAUUGAUGUCUCUGGUUAAUCAAACUUAAUACAAAGGUUAAAAUGUAAGGCUAAUAAAUACCGUAGGUUUUUUACCUUUUGUAACUACGGAGUAAAUUAAGUAGUACUAAUAUCUAGUAAGUAUUGUGAAAUAGUUGUGUACUACUACUUAGUAUGUAUAUGUUCAAGCUAUAAUAUAGCUAGCUAGUCUCAAUGUUGGGUGAAAAUGAGGCUAUAGUAGCAUCGCAAAUAUGCAUGAAUGUAAAUUAAAAUCUAAUAAUGACGUAAUCUUGUAAAUUAAAUCAAAGUAGUGUAUUUUGUGAUGUAUUUUCUAUCUAAUCUAUCACUUUAAUA